AUGGAUAUUCUUUUGUUUUUGCUCGGGUACUGCAUCCAGUGCCUGGCAUGUGGGAUGCUGUGCUGGAAAAUUUACAAGAGCAAAAGUAUCUACGGCCUCUCAAUCGACACACAGAUCGCGUUCGCUAUCGCCAACGUGACCAGAUGCAUUUGGACAUUAGACACGAGGCUGAUCGAGACCAACUUCGCCUUCCUAGAACUAGUCUGCUCGACGAUAGUUUCGUUGUUCUGCGUAUACCUGUGCUGGACCUACCACCACACAACAACGAUGCACGCCAUCCCAUGGCUUCGGAUCUACACCUUGACGCCUAUCGCAGCAGUGCUAGCUUUUUUCUUCCACCCCAGUGACCAGUGGUUCUCCGUACAAAUCCUCGUGGCAUUCACAAUGUACCUCGAGGCGCUCGGUACUACUCCUACGACUGCUUUUUGCUUUCUUAUUCUUUUUUGUUUGUCCUUGGAUAUGGAUAUGUGCCUGUGUGAUCUCUAAUGCUACAAGUACAACAUGAUGUACACAUGAACAUCAUGACCUCCAAUAAUAUUGCCUCUAACAUCAUCAACAAUGCACUUAUUCGACGUCUGAAAACUGAAACUCACAACGACAAAAUCAAAAACGCUUCCAGGUCUCUUGCCACAGCUAUGGCUUAUGAAAAAGAUGUACGAUGUGGAGCCUAUUACGAGCCACUAUGUUGGUACGACUCAGCUACAAAUUUUAGAUGUUUUCAAUUGUCAUAUUCGUGGUCGGGAUUAUUUCUUCAUCUGGUAUUCAUGCCAAGACAUCUUCAGCAGUCAGGAACACCAGAUCCUUCCAGGUCUUGGUCUUUCUAAUUUGUCACCAAUAACUUCCGAACUAAACCACAGGCUUGCUAGUUAUCGCGCGAUUUUCUCGGAUGGUUUUCUGGGGAGUUCUUUUCUACAUUGGCGAACACUUCUUGCAACUCUUCAUAGCGGACUUGGUUCAUACGGUUUUUACUGCAGACUACAUGUACCUGUGGUUUCGGAAACUGAAAAGCGGAGGUCGCCUCAUCUACUCUAUCUAGCAGGAGUGGAAGAUAAGAAAGGACGAGUAGUAAGUAGUACUUUCUUCCAGCAGCACAAGCAGAAAUGCAAGAGGGAGUUGUAGAAAGGUGCACCAGGAGGAUGAGCUAGGGAAACAUAUAUGGCUCGUAGUUCUUUCUAGCAGAGGAAGCACUAGAGAUGAAGCUCUCCUUGUGUUUACUGGCACUACAACAUGUACAACAUGUCUAUCUUGACGUUUAAGCUACACGACAUGUUGUUUACAACCUUGUUCAUAGAUACUGAUACAGAUGAGGAGAUGAAUCCACUUCGCAGCGUCGUGGUGGUCGAAAUUAAUGCUACAACUGCUAGCUUGUACCACGGUUGAUGCUACAUCACACCGACUAGUAUGUUGUUGGUUCAAGUUGGUCUACCUUUUAGAUGGACGUCCGAGUUGUCAGGGUCAACAAAAGCUUCUACUUCUGAUGUCCUAGUAUCUUGUACAUGAUAACUGCGCUUGAACUUGUAACAAUUAUUGGCUUCAUCUAUAUGUUGAAGAUGUUUAUUUUAUGAUCAUGAUGUGUUGCUGUUGUCGUCCUACUUCUUGUCGUGGUGUUAUCUUCUUGCCGUCGUCCUCGAUGACCACGGUAUUCUAGAUUAUAGUGGCAGAUUUCCUGCCGUGUGUUGUCUCUAGCUUUUACAUUUUCGAUUACGAGUUGCAAUUACUGAUAUUAACAAAACGCGUAGAAAGUGGAUACUAGUUGCGUCAUCUGGAAGAAUUUAUCUUUUAGUUGUGGUUACAACGUCGAUACUAGCCGUGAUGUAGUAAGAUUUUCAUCGUCAUUUCCUUGUUCACGUUUAUCAAUAAUUUACGGAUCUCCUGUCAUGUCCUUUCUUCGUCUGUCUCUCUACUUCACAUCUUCUAGUUCUACUCCCUAGAUGAUGAACAAAGCGGAAGACGGACGACCUUCUGCAGUUCUCUGGAGAUAGGAUGAUCAUACUUACCCCACAACUUCGUCGAUGAGGUGGAGCAGAGCUUCGUCACACUCAACAUAGUACAUAUGAUUAUUGAUAAAUGAUGGGUAAGAUUCAUGAUGUUGUCGUCCGACGGUUGUCAGGUAAAACGUGACUGACAACAAUACUAGUAGUCCUCGUUGCGCACCAAGAAACGCCUCGGAAGAUAAAAACAUGCUCCAA